GAGGUUUUACUAGGCCAUCAUAUUGUUGCAGAGGUACAGAAGAGUAGUGAACCGACAUCCGGCGAAGCGGAAGGAUACACUUUACUCACACUUCUAGUCAUAUACAGACCUACCGCCUUACUACCAUGUACAAAAGGUUACUUGUGGUGAUAAUGGUACUUUACGUUGCCGGCAAAACGAAUACAAAUAAUCAUCUACCAACACGUCUUCUACAUAAAUACUCAAUCAAGGACUUUUUCAACAGCUCUGAAUGCAUAUGGAUGUGCAAGGCGUCAAUGCGAAUCGCCAUCCGCUUCCAGUAUGACCAAAUGACCAAAAUAGACUCUCGGUUCAUUUUCUUCAAGAGAACUUUCUUGAUCAGAGGACAAAGGCGUAGCAUUGAGCUUCGAGGAGAACUCAACCCACGACACAUGGACCGCAUGGAUGUCAGUUCCCGAGGGUUACCAGCUGUUCUUCGGGAAACUUUGGUUUAUGAGGCUCGAAAUUCUUCAUGUGCCGUUGUGAAGAUCCGGCCAAAUAUACAAGGUGCAGCAUCUUAUUACGAGCUUCGAGUGAAAAACACUUGUAAUAGAGCUGUGAUUCACAGGCGGUGUUGGAGACACUAUUAUAGCGUCACAGAUCAAGAGAAAAAAGAUCACGGGCCAGAGUGACAAGAUUGUGUUCACUCACGCGAGUUUACUUACGAUGUGCUCAGAUGCAGUAUCUAUUCCUAGCAACCUGAAAAUAUUUAUCCCUUGUAGUA